AUGCCACGGCGUCGGACCUCCAGGCCUAAGUCGGCAGCAAGCAACUCUAGAAGAAAGAGCUCAAUUCGAAGAUGGGAGAAUAGGGAAGACAUUCCUCUUGAUGAAAUCGACGAAUUUCAUGAGCAACGUGAUAAGAUCCUCUUGGAAGGAGAGGAAGCGGCACCAGAUAGUGAUUACGAUGAUGAUGAGGUAUUUGCGUUGAAGGGACUCGCGGAGUCUUCGGAUGAAGAGAUGGACGAAGAGGACGAAGAAGAUGAGGAGGACGAGGCAGAGGAAGUGUCGAAGCCGCAAAAGAAGGCUAAAGCAAAGCAAACUAAGAAGUCCGAAAAGAAAUCUGGCAAGAAAGUCACGAGCUCGGAUGAAGACAAAUCUGAGGACGAGGAAGAGGAGGAAGAAUCGUGGGGGACUAAAAAAUCUGCAUAUUAUUCCUCGAAUGCUGCACAAAUCGAAUCAGAUGAUGAAGAAGCCCAUGAGAUGGAGGAGCAAGAAGCACGUCGAAUACAAGCGAAACUUCGAGCAUCUAUGAGGGAAGAGGACUUUGGAUAUAGCGAAGCUUUGCAGAGCGCAGUGGACCUUCAGCCCAUCGAUGAUUUAUGGAAACAAGACGAAAAGCCGCUGCCCACACCAGCUGGUACUGACAGAGCCUCGAUUUUACGACACUUACAGAAAACCGAUCCGGUAUCGCUUGCGCUUGCUUUUGAAUGGGAGGAUAUAGCGUGUUCGGUCAUGAAGAUAGAACAGCAGAUUGCUGAAAUUCCUGACAGCACCGAAAAUAAAGCUCUUGGCCUGAUUCACGUGCAUCACCAGACGCUUUUAACAUACGCAGCUUUACUUGCUUUCUACGUACACCUCCGCUCAUCCGAAAAAUACGCCGCACGACCAGACCUCCUAAGACAACACCCCAUCCUCAAACGACUCCUCACGCUCAAGCAAAGUCUCAUCACUUUCGAGGAACUCGGCUUCAUCGCAUCCGAUUCGGAAGAUGACCUUGACUCGGAGGAGAUUGAUGAACUUGAUUUAGAUUUGGAUGACGACGAGGAUCACGAUGACGGUAUGGGUAUGGAUCUGGAUGGAAGAGCAAUGCUCGAUACGUGGGUGACGACUCGGAAACGUGGGCUUGACGUUGGCGAGUUGGAGCAAUUGCUCUCAGAAGCGAAUGCUUCUGCCAAGACAAAGAAACCUCUCAAUCCGGAUAAUGAGACGAAGGUUACCGAGAGUCUACCACCGAAGAAGAAGCAAAAACGGUCAGACGGGAAGGCAGUCCCGACAAAGGUCACAUUUGACGUCGAAGAACCGACUCUACCCUCUAAAUCAAAGGCAAAGAAAACAUCAACAUCAUUAUCUUCUUUAGGUCUGGACGAUCACGCUAGCUCUAGCUCAGCCAAAUCAUCCGGGUUUGACUUCGGUUUCGGCGAAGCAACCUCCCUCGACGAAGCCGACAAGCAAGACAAAUCCACGCGUCGAAAAGCUCUCCGAUUCCAUACCUCCAAGAUCGAAGCAUCCUCUUUACGAAGACAGAAUGCGCGUACUGCGCUGGGCGGAGAUGAUGACGUGCCGUAUCGAGAACGCAAGAAGGCGAGGGAGGAGAAGGAGAAGGAGGCGGCUAGGAAGAGGCGGGCGAGCCUUGGUACUGGUGGGGAUGAUUUGGAUUUGAAUGAUGGAGAUCCUCCGCCUGAAGAGUACGGGAGGAAAGGAGAGGAAGAAAAAAGUGGAAGUGGCGAUGAUGCAGAAGAGGACGAAGAAGAUGGAUACUACUCCCUCGUCAAACGACAAAAGAGCGCAAAGAAAGCAGAGAAGAAAGCACAAUACGAGGCAGCUAAAGAAACCACUCGCAUCAACUUCUCAGACGAAAACACCUCAACAAACCAACAACGCGCAAUCACCCGCGCAAUCUUAACCAACAAAGGCCUCACCCCUCACCGGCUCAACAAAAACAAAGCAGCACGCAACCCACGCGUAAAGAAACGUCAGAAAUUCGAGAAGGCGAAGAAGAAGUUGGCGUCUCAAAAAGCUAUAUACAAGGGCGGCGUUGAAGGAGGAGGAGGGAGGGGAGGGAGGUAUGAUGGUGAGACGUCGGGGAUUUCGAAGGUCGUUAAGAGUGUUAAGUUAUGAGCGUUGUCCAGUCCUCCUAGGCCAGCUUCUUUUCGUUU